UAGGGCGUGGCUCAGAGCGGGAAACAUGGCCGGGCUGGAUGCUGGCGAAGGCUGCAGCCACUACGGGGAGCAGAACGACGACAGCGUGCUCAAGGCGGCCGUGGCGGUGUUUGCGAAACUAAAGGACCUCAACUGCCCCUUCCUCCAGGGUCUUUAUAUCACAGAACCAAAGACCAUUCAGGAACUGCUGUGUAGCCCCUCGAAGUACCGCUUGGAUAUCCUGGAGUGGAUGUAUAUACGGGCCUGUCCCUCCUGGCAAGACAGGUUCUGCUUGCUGAAGGGGGCCUCAGCCGAGCUGAAGAUCCAAGAGAUGGUGAAACUAGGCCAUGAGCUGAUGCUGUGCGGGCCGAAUGACCAGGAGCUCCUGAAGGGCUGGGCCUGCGCCCAGAAGCAGCUGCACUUCAUGGACCAGCUGCUGGGCGUGGUCCAGAGCCUGGCCGUCGGAUGUUCCAGCUUCUCCAGUGUGCAGGGGCAGUUCGAGAGCACCAUGGAGAAGAACGAGGAACUGCUGGGGGAGCUCUACUCCAGCUCCCAGCUGCAGACACUCCUGAACCCUGAGUGUGACCCAAGGCUCCUGGACAUGCAGCCCCCUGACAAGCAAGGCAAUGACUGGCAGAGGGCCAACCCCCCUGUGGAGUUGGAGAAGGAGAAGGUGAUAGAGCUGGCCAAGCAGCUGCAGGAGAGCGUGACCAAGCUGCAGACACUGCGGACGGAGUGCUUUGCGCAGCAGAAGCAAGGGGCUGCUGCUGCUUCAAGCAGGAUCGACACCAGCACCCUGGACCAGAAACUGCGCCUGGUCAUCUCUGACUUCUACCAGCUCGUCAUAGCUUUCCUCCAAGUCUACGACGACGAUCUGGGUGAGUGCUGCCAGCGCCCAGGCCCCUACCUCCACCCGUGCGGCCCCAUCGUCCAGGCUGUGUACCAGACUCUGAUGUCAUGUCGUCAGCUGUUGAAAGCCGUGGUGGAGCUCGCUGACGUCUCAGCAAAUGCUGUACAGAUGGCAAAGCAGCAGCAGGUUGAGCAGAUCUGUUGGAGCAGCAACCACUCUGUGAUGAGUCUAGCCACCAAAAUGGAAGAACUCAUCCAGAAAUACAAGGUCUUCCAUGAACGUCUGCAGAAAGGCCAGAAGUAGCCUGGGAGCAGGAAGCUGUGCCCUGAAGAGCCACGCGGCCAGGGAAGACCAAGCCAUCAGCAGGAGAAGCUGUUACAGCCCUCAUGUUUUCCAGGCACAGCCUCCAGCUGUCUGGGCCUUCAGUUCCUUGGAGGGGGACGGAGGAGGGGGCAGAGGUGGGGCAGGGUA